CCUCCCCUCCUUUAUUUUCACACCCCCAAUAACUUGAUCCUCUUGUUUUUCAAAGCGCAUGAUAGACCCCUCACUAGGAUCUGGUUCAAUCCCCCUCCCAUUUUAACUGUUUUCCAACCGUCUCCGUCGGUUUCCAAUUCCGGCGAUCUCCACCCUUCGAUCUCUUUCUCACCAUGUGGAUCUUGUCCGAACCGCGUUGUUGCGUACUUACCGAGUUUCACUUUGCUAGUUGGCGUUCUUUUUUCUUGUUUGCAGAUGAAGCCCGAUGAGUGGGUCUUUUACUUUAUACGGUUUCUGAUUUGUUUUAUUUUUACUCACUGAUUCGUUUAACUGAUUUCGGCUUCGAGAUUUAAGGCUCUGGAAGCUUCUGAGCUGAGAUUUGAGUGUGAAAAUAAUUUCUGUUUAUUAGAAAAAAGAAGUGAAGUUUUUCCCGGAGUUUUCCUUGGAUUUUUGGUAGCAAUGGAGGAUCAGAAUGGGACCAGAGUGUGUACCGGAAUGUCUAACGAGGUUUUGGACUGCGUCAUGCCGUAUAUUCACGACCCAAAGGACCGGGACGCUGCGUCUCUGGUGUGCCGCCGGUGGUACGAGCUUGACGCACUGACGCGGAAACACUUGACGAUCGCGCUCUGCUACACGACAAGCCCCGAUCGGCUGCGCCGGAGGUUUCGGCACCUAGAGUCUCUGAAACUCAAGGGGAAGCCCAGGGCCGCGAUGUUCAAUCUAAUACCCGAGGACUGGGGAGGAUACGUCACUCCGUGGGUGAACGAGAUCGCCGAGUCUUUCAAUUGCUUGAAGUCGCUUCACUUCCGGCGAAUGAUUGUGAAGGACUCCGAUCUUGAGCUUCUUGCUCGGUCUCGCGGGCGCGAGCUCCACGCGCUCAAGAUCGAUAAGUGUUCUGGCUUUUCCACGGAUGGUCUUCUUCAUAUCGGUCGGUCCUGCAGGAGUUUAAAAAGUCUGUUUUUGGAAGAGAGCUCAAUUGUUGAGAAUGAUGGUAAAUGGCUACACGAGCUUGCUUUGAACAACACGGUUCUUGAAGCUUUGAAUUUUUAUAUGACUGAUCUUGUCAAAAUCAGCUUUCAGGAUCUUGAACUCAUAGCCAGAAAUUGUCUCUCCUUAGUUUCUGUUAAAGUGAGUGAUUUUGAAAUCUUGGACCUCCUACGUUUCUUCCGUACUGCAAAUGCUUUAGAGGAAUUUUGUGGGGGUUCCUUCAAUGAGAAUCCAGACAAGUACUCAAGUGUAUUAUUUCCCCCAAAAUUAUGCCGUUUGGGACUAACAUAUAUGGGGAAGAAUGAAAUGCCCGUUGUAUUUCCUUAUGCACCCCAACUCAAAAAACUGGAUCUUCUCUAUGCACUGCUUGACACAGAGGACCAUUGUAUGUUAAUACAAAGGAGCCCCAACUUAGAAAUACUUGAGACAAGGAAUGUUAUCGGAGACAGAGGAUUAGAAGUUCUUGCUCGGAGUUGUAGGAAACUAAAGAGGCUUAGAAUUGAGCGAGGUGCCGAUGAACAGGGAAUGGAGGAUGAAGAAGGUGUAGUUUCACAAAGAGGUUUGAUUGCUUUGGCUCAGGGCUGCCUAGAACUGGAAUACAUGGCUGUUUAUGUGUCCGAUAUCACAAAUGCUUCUUUGGAAUAUAUUGGCACUUACUCUAAAAACCUCUGCGAUUUCCGCCUAGUCUUGCUUGACCGAGAAGAGAGGAUAACUGAUUUGCCUCUUGACAAUGGAGUUCGAGCUUUGUUGAGGGGCUGUGAAAAGCUUAGACGGUUUGCAUUGUAUCUCCGACCUGGAGGCUUGACUGAUGUGGGUCUCGGUUACGUUGGGCAGUACAGCCAAAAUGUAAGAUGGAUGCUUCUGGGUUAUGUUGGAGAGUCUGAUGCGGGGCUUUUGGAGUUCUCUAGAGGCUGUCCUAGCUUGCAAAAACUAGAAAUGAGGGGCUGCUGCUUCAGUGAGCGUGGACUGGCUGCUGCUGUAUUGCAGCUAACUUCUCUGAGGUACUUAUGGGUGCAAGGAUAUAGAGCCUCUGCAACGAGUCGGGACCUUCUAGCAAUGGCUCGUCCAUUCUGGAAUAUUGAAUUAAUUCCUUCUAGUCGAGUUGUUGCUAGAGAUCAGCUUGGGGAGAAUGUUCUAGUUGAGCAUCCAGCCCAUAUACUUGCAUAUUAUUCCCUUGCCGGACCAAGAACAGAUUUUCCUGCCACUGUUAUCCCUUUGGAUCCAGAAGCCUUUUCUAGGUAGGCCAGGCUGUAUCAAGUUAUUAACUACUCUUCUACGAAGGAGUUUUUUCCUGCCAUCGCCCUGUUCAUAAAUUCAUGCCCUUUUCGCCCUUUUGUAAGAGGUUUCAAUUUUAAUUUCAUUUCUCUGCCCUAGUACUUGCUUGACAUUAGUCCUGUAAUAAAGUUCGGGUUUUUCUUCUGUAA